AUGUCCCUUCUUUUCGUUGACAAUUCCAUAAUUGAUCGCAGAUCAAGAAAGCUGAUUCGAAGCCAUGCAGCCAAAGGGAAAAAUCUCGGGAAAACACUGAUUCCCAGACGAAAGCGAAGCGAAGUAGGGGGAAGAACGGUGGCACCAAUGCCCGAAGGCAGAAGGAGCGAGCCGGAGUCAAUCGAGCGACAAUUUGGUGAUGGACUAUCCGUUUACCCUAUUCCUGCCAAGCUGCCUCCAGGAUCUAGAAGUCUCGUCCAAAGAGGUAAAUCAAUUUCAUAGUUUAUACUCGUAACCCUAUCUCAACGUUCUGAUGGAUUUCGGCAUUCUCGUUUCUCAGCAGCCCUUUUUAUCAAGAGGAAUUAUGUGAUGUGGUUAGCUUUGAGAGCGCGAAAGUUAACUCCAGGUGGACAAGAUACGUAUUUGUUGAUGAAGCUUGUAUAAGAACUUAAUCCCCAAACUGUUUUUCGCCGUUAACAUGAACAGUUUUUCAUUGCAUAGUUGCAAGUUCUGCUGCUAUAACUAGUUCGCCGAGCCAGCAAACAGAAGACUCCAUAGAGACGAUGCGCCAUUUAUCAGACACCUUUCGCCUGAUCAACGAGAAAUUGGCAGGAGAUGAAGCACUCUCCGAUGGUACCAUAGCAGUGAUCCUUUGUAUGACCCAAUACGAGCGGAUACGGGGUCAUUAUCGUAUGGGGCGAGUUCACUUCAAAGGUCUCAAGCAAAUCAUUGAAUUGCGUGGAGGUAUAGCUCAAUUCAUUGUCGAUGGACCUGAGAUAGCCCAGAAAUUAUUCAAGUAAGCAACCAGAUUGUGAAGACUAAAUGUCAUGCUGACGGCGUGAAAGAGCGGAUGUUGAAAUUGCUCUUCAUCUAGGCUCCAAGACAUACUGCAGUGCAGAAAUUGUUGCUGAAUACACCAAGGUCCGAGGUUCUUUCGAGGUAGGUUAUGACUACAUCAGAUUGUGUCCAACCUCAAGGAGAAUAAGCACCGAGCUUCAGGACGCUCUAAGAGAAACCAUGAGCCUUGCCUGGCUGCUGAAUACAUCAACAGGGAACGAAGCGAAACUGGAUGGGGGUGUAUUUCACGACAAGAUAAUACUCAUCAAUUACCGACUUAUUCAAAUAAGCCCCCUCGAUGACCAAAGACCUCUCAACUAUAUUGAAAAUGCAUUUCACUUGGGCUUAUUGGCAUGCAUGACGACAGUUCGCCUUGGAUUCGCAAACCACACACCGCACUAUUCUCUUCUCUCUAGUCUCAUUCGCAUUGCUUGCAAUAGCUUCGUUGAAGGAGAUGAAGACAGCCAAAAACUGUUCCUGUGGGUUUUAUUUGUGGGAAACGUCUCGGUACUUUGGCAGCAAGACCAUGCGUGGGUUAUCCCGAAAAUACAGGAGAUCACCUUGAGUCUCAAUCUUCGGACCUGGGAAGACAUUCGCCAAAUAAUUUCUGGUUUUCCGUGGAUUGGAGCUCUUCAUGACAAAUCAGGACAAAUUCUAUAA